AUGCGAAAGAGUAUUCCACCAAUUCAAAGACUAUCCCUGACUCUGCGAUAUCUAGCAACGGGAGAAUCAUAUCGCAGUAUGGAAUUCACAACAAGAGUACCUGCUUGUACAUUAUCACGUAUCAUUCCUGAAACAGUUAGAGUAAUUUAUGAAGUACUAAAAGAUGAAUAUUUAAAAAUUCCAGAUACUGAAGAAGAAUGGAAUCAUGUUGCUGACAACUAUUUGAGACAAUGGAAUGUACCAAAUUGCAUCGGUGCAAUGGAUGGCAGGCAUAUUGAGUUUAAAGUUCCUCUGAGCCAAGGAUCAUUGUAUCAUAAUUAUAAGGAUACAGAUAGUAUUGUUUUAUUAGCAUUAGUGAAUGCUCAUUAUCAGUUUAUUUACGUCAAUGUAGGUGUCAAUGGUAGAGUAAGUGAUGGAGGAGUAUUUCGUGAUAGUGAUUUAGCGAAAUACAUAAAUGAUCCACGAAAUCCAUUAAAUGUGCCAAAAGAUAAACCUUUGCCUAAUAUGAAUCAUUCUAUUCCUUUUGUUAUUUUAGCUGACGCGGCUUUUCCAUUGCAAAAUCACAUUCUGAAACCUUAUCCAUCACAAAAUUUGUCUCAUGAUGAGCGAAUUUUCAAUUAUAGACUAAGUAGAGGUAGAAGAGUAGUCGAAAAUGCUUUUGGCAUUUUAGCGAAUAGAUUUCGCGUUCUUUUAACAAAAAUAUAUUUAUCUGUUGAAUCAGUUCAAAAUAUUACACUUGCUUGCUGCGCUUUACAUAAUUUUAUUAGUAAAGAAAAUGAUGCUUAUUUACAAGGAGCUGUAGAUAUUGAAGAUUUGGAGAAUCAAAUAGUUAUACCUGCAACAUGA